AUGAUUAAUAAAUAUAUAUUGUUAUUCAUCACAAGUAUUUUUGCAUACUCUGAUGAUAUUUAUGGAGUAUUGGAAUAAAAUGAAAUCAAGAAUUUCACAAUUGAAGGUUUCUAUACCACAUAAGUUUCAUUUUUGUCAUUUCAGGGCCCAAUCUAAUUUGCUAGGGUAUCAGAGGAUGGAAAAUUAGUUGAAUUGAAACCAAUACCUGGAACAUAUUUCUUUUAUGAUUAUUUGAAUCGCACAGAUUCAUCACCUCCAGUAACAUACAGAGCUUAUGGCUCAAAAGGAGGGGCAACAUUUCCGCAAUACAAAUUUACAACUUCAAACCGAUAAAUUGAUUAUUAGACUCCUUCUCUUGCAUUAUACAAGAAUCAACCUAUAAACCAUAGAUCUGAGGAUGGUUAUCUCAUUCUCGACAUCCCAAUGGUUUUAUAAAAUGAUGGAACCUUCAUUAAAAACGCACUCUUUUUAUUUAAUGUUGGCCAUUAAGAAGAUAAGGAGUUACUCAAAUUGAGCUCAUCAUAUUUAUAUUCUUCUAAAGAAAGGCCAAAGGAUUAUUAUUAAUCUGAUUUUAAUGAAAUGACAUUUUCGAACUAUUACACAACCUUCUAUAUCAAAAUGGAGCCAACAAAUACUUAUGAUUAUUUCGCAGUGAUCUUAUAGAAUUAUGAAUUACCCCUUGGUGGUUCUACAUUCACAAUAAAUUAUAAUGAUUCAAAAUCAAACACAUGGAUUUGGAUCUUGGUUACUCUAAUUGUUGUUGUGUUGAUCAUAUUUGCAGGCUGGUACUUGAAUCACCUAAAAAGUAAGAGGGAAGAGAGAGAGGACCCAUAAAACUUUUAAUAGACAUUUUAAUAAUUUAGUUGA